GAUGUCGCGUUCAUUCUCGUCGGUGUGACGCUCGUGCUGCUGUUGGGAUGCUGUACGUGCACGCGGUAGCCGCUCUGCUCGCCGUCUCGUGCGUCCUGAAGGAGGCUGUGUCUUGGGGAUACAAGAAUGGAGUUCUUCACAAUUCCAUUUGGCUUGAACAAGCAGCUGGAGUGUACCACCGAGAAUCUCGCAAAGGGCGAUACCAGCUGACGUAUAAGGAGGCCAAAGCUGUGUGCAAGUUUGAGGGGGGUUCAUUAGCCUCUUAUGAGCAACUCGAAGCUGCCAGACAAAUUGGCUUUCAUGUGUGUGCAGCUGGAUGGUUUGAUAAAGGUCGUGUGGGAUAUCCCAUCGUGAAACCUGGAAACAAUUGUGGAUAUGGAAAGGUUGGAAUUAUCGAUUAUGGUUAUCGUCUAAACAAAAAUGAAAAGUGGGAUGUCUACUGCUACAACCCUAAUUCAAAAGAGUGUGGAGGUGUGCAUACAGACCAGGAGAAGAUUCUACAGUCACCAGGCUUUCCAGAUGAGUAUCCUGAUGAGCAGAUCUGCUAUUGGCACAUUCGUGUGCGCUAUGGCCAGAACAUUCGUCUGCAGUUUCUUGAUUUUGAUGUUGAGGAUGAUGUAGACUGCAUCAGUGAUUAUCUGGAGAUCUAUGACAGUUAUGAUGAUAUCUCGGGUUUUGCUGGAAGGUACUGUGGGGAUGAAUUACCUGAAGACUUUCUUAGCACAGGUAAUGUAAUGACAUUAAAGUUCCUCACGGAUUCGUCUGUGUCUGCUGGAGGUUUCAAGCUACAGUACACUGCUAUUGAUUCAUCUCUGCUCUCCAACAAUAACACAAGCACUUACACUUGACCACUUUCUUAAAUAGAUGUCAUUUUAUAAGCAAAUUGUUUAGGUUAUAUGUUUAUACAUUUAUAAUCCAUUAUUUUAGAAUGGCAUAUUAUGUGUUUUUGCUUUUCUAAAAAGUUAAAUAAUAAUAUGUGAUCGGAAUAAAAGAAUUUUAAUGCAUGUAUUUUUGCCAACAGCUGUUAUGGUGUUUUUGAAACAACCUAUAUAUGUUUCUAAAUGGAUGAAC